AUGUCCAAAGAGAUAACCUGUUUUGUGAUUGAUUUGGCUCUGAGACCUUGGGGAGAUACCCAGAAAUCAGAACAAGAUGCUGGGAGUGAAGAAAUACCAGGGUUGGACUAUUUUUAUGACUCAAUGAUCAAAAAAAUCAUGAAAGCUAGGAAGACCGAUUAUGUUUCAAUUAUAGCUUGUCAUUCAUCAAUUACCAAUAAUUCAUUUUCAGAUAAUAAAGAAUUUGAAGGUAUCAAUGUUAUUUGUAAUAAGGUUGUUCCAACUUAUGGUACGUUGAAACAGUAUAAAGAUAUGUUGAAACCUACCGAAGCUCAACCUGAACAAGGAGAUUGUGUUAAAGCCAUGUUAGUAGCCAUUGCCAUGAUGCAGCCGGACAUAAAGUUGAAAUUUAUACGGAACAUCGUCCUUAUAACCGAUGGGGGUGAAGAAAUAACGUCCUUUGAUACGCCGCUACUUGAAGCUAGUAUUCAAUCGGUGAAUAAUAAUAAUAUCAAUGUGUUUAUGAUAGGUAUUGAUUUUGGUCAUUCUGAAAGCUCAGAUCGAAAGAAACAUAAUGAAGAGAAGUGGAUGCAAUUGCUUGAAUCCUAUGAAAAUGGAAAGUUCAUUGAUUCUUCAAAAAUAUCGAAUAUAUUGAAAUAUGUUCCCCCUUUGAAAAGAGUCAAACCUAUAAGAAGCUAUCAAGGUCAAAUGAAAUUUGGUGGUGAUCCGAAAUCCUUGGAAUAUUCUGAUUCCUUGAAAGGUGAAGAGUUUGCUCCUGUAAGUUUUAAUGUUGAUGUGUUUCCAGCUGCUAGACCUGAGAAGUUAACUAAUGCUCAUCAAUAUCACGUGAAAGAUGAUGUGAUUCAAAAAACCAAGUCUGAAGUUCAUCAUUACAUUACCGUAGAUAAAUCCAAAGAGAGCGAAGAAGGUGUGGAGAUUGAAAAAGUUCCUAUUGAUAAGCAAGAAAUUGUAAGUGGGUUCAAAUUUUCAAAUUAUGAUCUUUUGGCUAUGUUAGAAGAUUUGAAGAAAGAUUCUAUUUUACCUGUCUCAAGUUCAAUGGACAUUUUAGGGUUCAUACAUAAAGAUGACUUACCUAUUGCUUUCUUUACCCUGGAAAGUAAUUAUAUUUUACCUAGUGAUGGACCUACAAAGAAUUUCGUUGGAUUUUCGGCCUUCUGUCAGUCAUUGAUUGAAACUGACUCCAUCGUUUUAUUAAGAUAUGUUGCCAAGGAUGUGGAUUUUUCCAAAGGUACUGCUGAAGUACAAAUUUGUGGUGGUAUUCCUUGUAAAUUGAAGAUAAACCAACAAUAUGUAUUUGGGUUAUCUAUGGUGAGAUUACCUUUUAGAGAAGAUGAAAAGAUGGGCAGGUUCCCAUUUUUAUUACCCAAGAAAGAAUUCGAAACCGAUGAGCCCAAAUAUUAUGACGAGGAUGAAAUCAAUGAAGAACUUAUGGAAAAGUUUGUUCUUUCCAAAGAUUUAGAUUCUGUCAAAAGUGAAUCACGUGACCCUUAUUUGAUUGAUAAUAAGAAACUUACGUUGACUGCUAACGAAGGAAUUAGUAAUGUCGUAGAAUCCCAAGAUACCGAUUCAAAGUUACUUAUCAAUUCACCUGCUUUAAGAAAAUAUGAUUCUAAUCUUACAAAGAUCAUUAAGAAAUCACUUUCCAAAGAUAUGAAUGAAUUCCUUUCUGACCCUGAAUUCAUAAGCAACCAUAUGGUUGAACAAUCUUCCAACUUAUUUAAUCUUAGCAAUGUUUUAAGGAGAUUAGAAGCUGAUGAUUGGUUGGUUGAGUUGAACGAGAGAGCAUAUUUACCUACCAAGAGACUCACUAAGAUCGUUAAACCUUAUAAACAUCGUAAAGGUAGAUCGGAAAAGAAAGAAAAGUUCAAUGGGAUUUAUGUUAGAAGUACAGGCAAAGGACAAAUUGAGAUGGAUGAAGAGGAUCCUUUGGAUAUUAAUGAUUUAUUGAGUUAG